AUGUCACAUUUCACGCCUUACAACAACCACGAGACCACAGAAGUAGAGUGUAACCAUCUGCCGUAUGUCGUGCCUGUCUGCCAGAACCCAAUCUGCACAACAGAACAUGAUGGCCCAAAGGAGAAACGUUCGGUACCAAAUAAACACCUGCAUCCAGAAACCACCGGCAAUCUAAGUCUAAGACAAAAACUUACUCUGAUGGAUGCAUUGUCUAGUCUUGUACCACACGCGGUGUUCUUCGAAUACUCCAUCGUCCGGCAGCAUUUUGGCUUAAAGGGUCGCUGUGGCCCGCGGCUGAAGACAAAAAAGCAGAUGUUGUUUGUGCUGGGUGACUUCAACGCACGAGUGGGUGUAGAUCACGACACAUGGCGUGGGGUACUGGGGCGAAAUGGGGUUGGUAAAGUGAAUUCAAACGGAAUCAGGCUUCUUGAGUUCUGCGCGGCUGCAAAAGCUGGCUGUGACAAACACGGUCUUCCAACAGUCCAACAAGCUAAAGACUACAUGGAUGCACCCACGAUCGGCACAUUGGCACCUGAUCGACUACGUCAUCACAAGACAAAGGGACCUACGCAACGUUCGCCUCACAAGAGCGAUUCGAGCGACAACUGUAUGUCCUACAAAAUUCCACCAACAAAAGCUACUACAAUCAAUAGUCAUCAACAUCAACAAUUUACACCAUACUCCGUCCUGCACAUGCUAACGAAGGCUUGCCCAUCCGGUACAGCUCCCUCCUGGCCUGGUUUUGCCACGCAACAACAACUUCAGCAGCUACAAUCUCUCAUCAAAAAAUUAAUUCGCUUCAACUACCUACCUGCAUCAUAUCCUACCGUCACUCAGAUAUUCAACACACUCGAUUCAUGGCUGUUCAAAAAAAUAGAAAAUAACAACAACCACGUCAUUCAUCCUCUACUUCCACCAAUCAAAACUACAACACACAACCUUCGUCAGCGCAAACAUAACUAUCAAGACGUCGCCCAAUCUACAUACAAGGAAAAGACUUUCAUCACACCGCACCUCAAACAUAUUAGCACUUAA